UUCAUCCUAGCUAGCUAGAUAACCGGGUUGAAAACAAUAGAAGCUGGAAAUGAUCUUCUGAGCAUGUUUAGUUUAGAAUCCAUGCAUUCAUGAUGUUGAGAGUUUAUCAUCAAUGUUCGUGUCAGAGUGAUAGAUAGAUAGAUAGAUGGAUGGAUGGAUGGAUAGAUGUCGUGUAGAGAUUUAUAACGGCUUCUGCAUGACUGCUGUUGUGAGUAGGCUGUGUUCUGGAGACCUGUAUCACAUGACCUGAUGAGCUGUGUGAAAGCACUGCUGUAGUUUGUGCACCCGGAGCUCCAGGAUGCUGAUGGUUCAGACUUACUCUCGUGGUUUUCUUUUAAAUGAUCAAUCACUAUGACCUGUUCACUGCGACCUGACUCAGUGGCUUUUAAUAAGCGGGGCAGUGAUAUGGCUGCUGACGACAAGUCCACGUCGUCCUCGUCCACUCUGGACUGGAACUCCGAGCCGCCCCUGUCUCCCACCAGCCCCUCUCACCUGACUCACUUCAAACCCCUCACCCCGGACCAGGACGAGCCCCCGCUGCGUUCGGCCUACAGCUCCUUAGUCAGCCUCUUCCGCUUCAACAGAGAAAAGUCAGGUGCAAACAUUGCACCAGCAAAAAAGCUUGAGGAAGGUCGGCCUCCUUCGGCGGCUGAGAAACCCGAGUCUGCUGCACCGUCACCGCAGGGGGAUCGCCGGAGCUGGGCCGGUUCCUCACUGUCCACACAUGGCUCUGGGACACACCGGAAACAUUCCGACCUGGUCAGGAGAACCUCUACUGCUUCAGAGGGACGACGAAAGUCGGAGACUCCACUUGCGAGCCAUGACCCUCGAACAGCCGUCCAACUCCGUACUGCUCUGAAGAGACUGAAGGAGAUCAUGGAGGGAAAGAGCCAGGACAGCGAUCUGAAGCAGUACUGGAUGCCGGACAGCCAGUGUAAAGAGUGCUACGACUGCAACGAGAAGUUCACUACGUUCCGCCGGCGCCACCACUGCCGUCUGUGCGGGCAGAUCUUCUGCAGCCGCUGCUGCAACCAGGAGAUCCCCGGAAAAUUCAUGGGAUACACGGGUGAUUUGCGGGCAUGCACAUACUGUCGUAAGAUUGCACUGAGCUACGCGCACUCUGCUGACUCGGCGUGUAUCGGAGAGGAUCUGACCGCGCUGUCGGACUCUCCGUGCUCUGUGUGUGUGCUGGAGCCGACCGAGCCUCGCACGCCCGUCGGCGGACGCAAAGCCAGCCGCAACAUCUUCCUGGAGGAGGACCUCGCCUGGCAAAGUUUGAUUCAUCAAGAGUCUCAAAAUAGCGGGCUCAACUCUAGACUGUCUGCAGUGCAAGAAGAUCUGGGCAAAUCACCAGCACGGAAGAGAUCAGCUAGUGUGACCAACUUGUCUCUGGACCGUUCAGGCUCCAUGGUUCCGUCAUACGAUAGCUCGUUGAGCCCCCAGAGCAGCCGAGCCAUGUCCAAACCUGACCACAGCGAAGAGGAGCGCAAGAUUCUCUUGGAUUCGUCUCAGUUGAAAGACCUGUGGAAGAAAAUCUGCCACAGCAAUACCGGGAUGGAGUUCCAGGACCACAGAUAUUGGCUACGUACUUACCCCAAUUGCAUUGUGGGUAAAGAUCUAGUAAACUGGCUCUUGCGAAAUGGCACCAUUUCUACUAGGGCUCAGGCCAUAGCUAUUGGACAGGCUCUGGUUGAUGGCCGCUGGCUUGACUGUGUUACUCAUCACGAUCAGAUUUUCCGUGACGAGUACGCUCUGUAUCGCCCUCUUCAGAGCACAGAGUUCUCAGAGACUCCGUCCCCAGAUACGGACAGCGUGACCUCCCUGGAAGGACACUCGGAACCGUCAUGGUUCAAAGACAUCAAGUUUGACGACAGUGACACGGAGCAGCUAGCUGAUGAAAAUGACUUAAUAACAACAAGCUCAACCUGCCCCAGCAAAAGGACAUCAGUCAGUAGCUUCCAUUCAGCAGUGGACAGCGAUUCAGCUGCCUCCAUUAACCUGAACAUGGAGCAGGACAACGUCAACUUCCACAUCAAGAAGCAGGCCAAGUACCCUCACGUGCCUCCUCACCCGGCCGAACAGAAAAGUAUGACGCACUCUGACCCGUUCGCCCCUGACUCUGACUUCCACACACCAACCGAGGUCCUCGUCACAGAAGACGGCGGGCAGCAUUUAUCCAUUAGUGAUGCCUUUAUUAAAGAGUCUUUGUUUAAUCGGCGUGUAGAAGAGAAGGCUAAAGAUAUGCUCUUCACUCCACUGGGUUGGCACCACAGCUCGCUAGACCAGCUGAGGGAGGAGAAUGGCGAGAGGAAGGCUAUGGAGAGACUUCUAUCGGCCAACCACAACCACAUGAUGGCGCUGCUGCAGCAGCUGCUCUACAGCGAGUCGCUCUCUCUCUCCUGGCGAGACAUCAUCGUGCCCGUGGUGCGGCAGAUCGUGCAGACGGUGCAUCCGGACGUUCGCAGCCACGACGAUGACAUGGACAUUCGCCAGCUGGUCCACAUUAAGAAGAUCCCGGGAGGAAAGAAGUUCGACUCCGUCCUGGUGAACGGCUUUGUUUGCACUAAAAACAUCGCCCACAAAAAGAUGAACUCUUAUAUCAAGAACCCCAAGAUCCUUCUGCUCAAGUGUUCCAUUGAGUAUCUGUACAGAGAAGAGACAAAGUUCACCUGCAUUGACCCCAUUGUGCUUCAGGAGCGAGAGUUUCUGAAGAACUACGUGCAGCGAAUAGUCGACGUUCGUCCUAACCUGGUGCUGGUAGAGAAGACGGUGUCGCGCAUCGCUCAGGAUAUGCUGCUUGAGCACGGCAUUACCUUAGUCAUCAACGUCAAACCUCAAGUGCUGGAUCGAGUGAGUCGAAUGACUCAGGGAGAUUUAGUCAUGUCUAUGGAUCAGCUUUUGACCAAACCUCGCUUGGGAACGUGCCACAAAUUCUACCUUCACUCCUUCCAAAUAAACACUAAUAAUGAAAUGAAGACGCUAAUGUUCUUCGACGGGUGUCCUUCUCAUCUGGGGUGCACCAUCAAGCUCCGUGGUGCCUCGGAGUAUGAGCUAGCCAGAGUUAAGGAGAUCAUUAUGCUGAUGGUGUGUGUAGCUUAUCAUUCUCAGUUAGAGAUUUCCUUCCUUAUGGAUGAGUUUGCGAUGCCUCCUAGUCUUUCUAAGAGCUCGUCGUUCCACUGCCUGCUGGAGAGCGCGGCCGAAGAAGCGGAGAAAGAGGUGGACGGCGAGAGCCAAGGGAACCGAGCGGAAACAAGGGAGGAGCACGUGGAGUUCCAGUCGGAGGGUGACUUUGACUUUGAGCCAGGGCUUCAGGAGAUAAUAAAAGGCCACGGUAGGCAGGAGGAGCAGCAGCAGCAGCAUUCCACCUUCGAGUCCUCACUGAAGGACGGAGAAAGUCCUAAAGGAAGCAGAAAUGACUCGCCUAUGUCUACGAUUUUCGCAGAAGGAGAUGAGAUAAAGACCUCCACUCCCCUGUCCAGCCAGUCGAACCAGCCGCCGCGCGUGUCCCCUCCUCAUCUCUCGUCUAUGAAGGAGAUCGUAGAUGAAGAGGUGAAAGAACCAGCUGAGGCCGUGAGAAAUCGAGAGGAUGAGGACACCCUGGUGCGAGUGGACAGCACCAGUUCAGAACCACCACUUGCUCCGACGCAGCUCUUCAGAGACCCUCUGCAGGAUGACAGCGGUCUGUUCGUGGCUGAGCAGGUGGCUUCCGUAGACGAUCGGCUUAAGUCCAUCUCGGCCAGCUUUCGGCAGGAGUUGAAGGACGUUAUCCUGUGCAUCUCGCCCUUUAUGACCUUUCGUGAACCCUUCUUGCUGACACCAGCUGGCCUACGCUGCCCGAGCCGUGACUACUUCCCCGAGCAGGUCUACUUCUCACUGCUGCUAAACAAGGACCUCAAGGACAUCGAUGGCCGCCGUAAGAGGCUCCUCCUCAAGGAUUCCAACCCUUCUAGUAGUUCUCUGAGCAACGGGUUCGGGCCACAGCAUCGCCCGGUCAGAGUGUCGCCUCCCCAUAAACUCACUACUACCUGCAUGACGCAGCAGCUGAGCAACAGUCAGGAGCUGGCACGCAUGCUGGCGGACUACCGCGCUCAGGGAGGACGAAUCCAGAGAGACAUUGACCCGUUUGCUCAACCCACGCAGGCCCCGAAUACGAAGGCACCAGUCAAGGCGGACAGUGAGGAGGAGAAAGGGCCAGGGCAGAGCGACAUGGUCUGGGCUACCAAGCUCGACUGCCUGAAUCCGAUAAACCACCAACGGCUGUGCGUGUUGUUCAGCAGCUCGUCCCCACAGUCCAACAAUGCCCCCAACCACUGCGUCAGCCCUUGGAUUGUGACCAUGGAAUUUUACGGGAAGAACGACUUGACUCUCGGAAUAUUUCUGGAAAGAUACUGCUUCAGGCCAUCUUACCAAUGCCCCAGCAUGUAUUGCGAAACUCCCAUGGUGCACCAUGUCCGCCGCUUCGUGCAUGGCAGUGGCUGUGUCCAGAUCGUUCUGAAAGAGCUCGAUUCACCCGUGCCUGGAUACCAACACACUAUCCUCAAUUACUCCUGGUGCAGAAUCUGCAAACAGGUUACUCCGGUCGUCCCCUUGUCCAAUGAUUCAUGGUCCAUGUCCUUUGCUAAAUAUCUGGAGCUGCGUUUCUACGGCCAUCAGUACACUCGCCGUGCCAACGCCGAGCCAUGCGGACACUCCAUCCACAAGGACUACCACCAGUACUUCUCCUACAACCAGAUGGUGGCCUCUUUCAGCUAUAUCCCAGUGCGACUGUUGGAGAUCUGCCUACCUGCUCCUAAGAUCAUCAUCAGGAACCAGGGCCCCAGUAAGACCAUUCUGCAACAGGACCUCAAAGAUUUUGUGCUGAAGGUGACCCAAGUGUACGCCGCGAUAGACGACCGCCUCACCUCUCUGAAGACGGACACGUUCAGCAAAUCUCGAGAGGAGAAAAUGGAGGACUUGUUUGCGCAGAAAGAUAUGGAGGAGGACGAGCUGCGCAGCUGGAUGGAGAAGCUGCAGGGACGUCUGCAGGCCUCGAGCGCGGACACGCCGCAGCAGCUGCAGGCCGUUCUCGAGUCUGUGGUGAUGAAGAAGCAGAGCUUGUGUGAAACGCUGCAAUCUUGGAACAUCAAACUGCAGGACCUGUUCCAGCUGGAGAAGGGCAGGAAGCGUUUGUCUGUUCCACCCAGCCCUGGCAGACACAGACAGCCCACCAAUGAUGAGAGCAAGACGAGUGUCUUGGAGUCAUCCCCUCGCAACCCCUCCCCUGUGGUACAGAACGGUGAGAAAGCGUUGGAGGAUCGUCACCUCAGCACCCUGCCUUUAAGCACAGGAUCCUCGUCCUUUCUCCUGCCAUCGCCAGCCGAGCAAAGCUCCGAGGUCCCCACGUCCGGUCCUUCCUUCCAUGAUCAGGACUCUGAAGGAGAGGUGUUUGAUAGCCACCUGCAAGGUUCCAAUGACAGUCAAGUAAAGGAGAAGACCACCAUGAAAACCAUUCUGGCCAACCUGUUACCAGGAAACAGUUAUAACCCUAUUCCAUUACCGUUCGACCCGGAUAAACACUACCUCAUGUAUGACCACGAGCGCGUCCCCAUCGCCGUGUGCGAGAGAGAGCCGAGCUCCAUCAUCGCCUUCGCUCUGAGCUGUAAAGAAUAUAAAACGGCUCUCGAAGACCUUUCAAAGACUACACUGAAGUCGUCUGGAGAGGAGAUCUCUCAGACCAACAGUUCCGGAGAGAACAAGGUGAAGAGCAGCCCCGCCAAGGUCACCGAUGGCGGCAGCACGUCUCAGCUUGGCCGUGGCAGCGUAGACGCAGACCCACCCAAGGAGCCCGAGGGCGGCGACAAACAGAAGAAGCAGACGGGGAAUCCGCACAUCGAACUGCAGUUUUCAGACGCCAGCGCAAAGUUCUACUGCCGCAUCUACUACGCCGAGGAGUUCCAUAAGAUGAGGGAGGAGGUGAUGGAGAGCACGGAGGACGAUUUUGUCCGCUCGCUCUCUCACUGCGUCAACUGGCAGGCUCAAGGUGGCAAAUCGGGAGCCGUCUUCUACGCCACCGAAGACGACCGGUUUAUUUUGAAGCAGAUGCCCAGGCUGGAAGUGCAGUCCUUCCUGGAUUUUGCCCCACACUACUUCACUUACAUCACCGGAGCAGUUCAACAGAAGCGUCCCACGGCACUGGCGAAGAUUCUGGGAGUUUACCGUAUCGGCUACAAGAACUCGCAGAACAACACGGAGAAGAAGCUCGAUCUGCUCGUGAUGGAGAAUCUCUUCUACGGACGCAAGAUGGCGCAGGUGUUCGACCUGAAGGGCUCUCUGAGGAACCGGAACGUGAAGACGGAGCAGGGUAAGGAGAGCUGCGAGGUGGUGCUGCUGGACGAGAACCUGCUCAAGCUGGUGCACGAUAAUCCGCUCUACAUCCGCUCGCACUGCAAGGCCAUCCUGCGUGCAGCCAUCCACAGCGACGCCUACUUCCUGUCCAGCCACCUCAUCAUCGACUACUCGCUGCUGGUGGGCCGUGACGACGCCUCUGACCAGCUGGUCGUGGGGAUUAUAGAUUACAUCCGGACGUUCACGUGGGAUAAAAAGCUUGAGAUGGUGGUCAAGUCUACGGGAAUUCUCGGCGGGCAAGGUAAAAUGCCCACGGUUGUGUCUCCGGAGCUGUACCGUGCCCGCUUCUGUGAAGCCAUGGACAAGUACUUCCUAAUGGUUCCUGACCACUGGACUGGACUGGGCGUGAACUGCUGAGUGCUGAAACCGCACUAGAUGCCACAGUAGACAAUCCACACAGACUGGAAACCGUUUGCACACGGCGAAAUGCCACGCAGUACACGAUUCAGUUUAAAUGCCAAGAUAAAAGGUCACUGGGUUUCAAAACAAACCUUAAAGGACAGUUGCACUGAAAUGAAUUAACAAGCUACAUCCCUGUAAUGCUAGCUAUAUAUAUAUAUAUAUCAUAAUCGAAACGACAGAUAAUGUAAAACUUUCGUAAAUGUACAGAGAUUAUGUAAUUAAAGAUUAUUAACCCUGUUCAGGCCUUCACUGGGACGCAUUUUACGUAUUGCCGCUUUAAUCAGAGCACCUAGGUGAUCUACUUGUUUUGAGAAGAUCUUUUACAACCGGAGAUAACGUUUUCAGAUGUUUCAACCAUUUCCAGGAAGAUUCGACGAGUAUUAAGGACAAACGUGAUGGGGUUUAAAAGACAUAGUUGAAUAUACAUCGGCAUUCCGCAUCAUCACUGCCGCUAUACCUGAUACACUCCUAACAGCACCAUAAUAAUAAUAAUCAUCCUAAUAAUAUAUGACCACUGGUAGACUCAUGGUGGUCCUUUUUUCCACUGGAAAAAAUUCUCCCCGGCGAUCCCGUGUAGCUUCGUCCUGACCAGAUGAAGUCCGUUUCACUUCCGGGUUGUAACGCGACGACACGUGGAAAAAGUUCAAGAGGGGUGCGAAUACUUACGUACUCGCGCCAGCCACCGCAAGCGGACCGUGUCGGGUCGACGUCAUAAAAUGAUAACUUUGCGUACGUCUGUGAAUGCACGCGACUCUCCUUUUGAUAAAGCGUCCCUAGAGUACUCCGGUGCAUGGUGGAGGACACGGACAGCGGGAGAAACGGGGGAAAAAAAGGCACGACACACACAACGUUUUAUAAGGAUACGAUUUAUAGAAAAGAAAAGAACGUUCAGCCGACCAACAGCGUUUCAUUUCAUACUGCAUGAGGAACAUGUGGCGCACGACAGGAUUGUCAUGAUUGGCAAAGCGUAGUCUUAGUCUGGCAUAAUACUGAUAGAUUUCACGUCUGUGCUUCAUUUCACUCACUACUUAUCCAAACCCUACGGAGAAAACCGGUUCGUCGUGUGCUUUACUUACACGACGUGUGUGUGUGUGUGUGUGUGUGGAUGAAGCAAAAUACAGAAUGUGCUAGCCAACAUUGUCAGAUGUAUUACACACACACACACACAUAUCUCAGUAUAGUGAAAACACACGAGUACAGUAAGAAUCAACCACCCAAAAAUGCAUUAAAUCCCCUCUUCACAUUUUCAAAAACAAAACAAGGCACUGGACAAGCUUAGGAAACUGGCACAUAGUGGACAAACGAUUAGGAUGUCGGGGGGGAAAAAAAAAUCCAAAACACACUUUUUUUAACUCAAUUUUUACUUUUGGUCAUGUGAUCAUACUCGAUCGUCUCUUUUGGUCGAUUUCAUUGG